GCCCAAAUAUCGCACGUUUAGGCGCAAAUCCCGUUUUGGAUGGCGAAUUUCCGUUGGAAAACAAUCGGUCUGCCAUGACAGUCUUUCAAUAACAUUCCCGGCAAAAUCGUUUAAGGCUCAAAACUAAUACAUUCUUGUUUGAACCAGCAUCAAUGUAAUACGUAGCGAGAGCGGUAUCAAAAUUUUCGCCGAAAAUCGCAGAUUAAUUUGCAAAAAUCAUAAUUUUCGGCGAAUGUUUACUGGCGCUCAAAACAUAGGUUAAAUUAAAUGUCAAGCGCCAUCGCCAUGUGCAUCGUCUAUCAACGUCAUGUUUGUCUUUUCAACGUCCCGGCUCGGCCAAUAGAAAACGCGCGGGAAACACUCGUGACCUACGACAGCCAAUAGGCAGCGCGCGAUUUGAAUUCCCUCCUCGUCCUUUGUGGCAACUACGAGUUUUGUAUACAUUCGUUAGGUGUACGGUGCUGUAAGUGUUAAAAAUCUUAUUUAUGCACAAUUUUGAUGAAAAUACUAUUGGACACGGCGAAAUAACUACAGAAAUUAAAUCGAAAUAUAGAGCCAUGUCUGCUGCGAUGGACAUGUUUUUGAGCGCGACCGACUCGCUGUCGUUCCCCGACAUCUUCGACAUCGACAUCAAAUCGGAAAUCGACACUCUGGUCGGCGGGCACAACGACUUUUCCGGCUUGAACUUCAACGACCUCUCGCCGUUGGAGAUGGAGGACGUGCACGAGAUCAAGUGGUUCUCCUCGCAAUCGAACCACUCGAACUCGAGCUUGAACUUCGACUUCGGCGGCGAAGACGGGCCCACGAUGGUCAACCCGAACGCCGUCAUGCCCAUCAUGUCCCUGGCGCAGAGCAUGCGCAGCCCGUCGCCCACGCUGAAAGAAAGCCACUUAACGUUCUCGCCCGCCACCAUAAAAAUAUCCUCGAUCAAGCAGGAAGUCAACAGCGUGAAGAAAGAUUUGAGCAACAGAAUGGACGACGUGGAGGAGAGAAAGCCGAUUUUCAAAGCGAUAACCAAAGUGACGCCGUUGAUGUCGAAACCGGCCGUUAAAACGAUCACCUCCAAACCGCCGACUCUGCUCACCUUCAGAAACACCGUCUCCAGGCAGGUGGUGCCGAUAAUAGCCGGCACGCCGAUCACGGUGGCGCAGGUGAGCAACAUGGCAACGGUGCGCACGAUAGCCGCCGCCAACUUGAACCGCAAGCAGUUAAGCAACAGCGGCGGCAGACUGUACAGCGCGAAUCUCGUCGAAGAGGCGAACGAGAAGGCUUUCCCGAAGCCGGCGUACAGCUACAGCUGCCUGAUCGCGAUGGCGCUGAAGAACAGCCGCAACGGCAGCCUGCCGGUGUCGGAGAUCUACAACUUCAUGUGCAAGCACUUCCCGUACUUCAAGACGGCGCCGAACGGCUGGAAGAACUCCGUCAGGCACAACCUGUCGCUGAACAAGUGCUUCGAGAAGAUCGAGAAGCCGGCGCUGAACGGCGCGCAGAGGAAGGGCUGCCUGUGGGCGAUGAACCCCGCCAAGAUCAGCAAGAUGGACGAGGAGGUGCAGAAGUGGUCGAGGAAGGACCCGCACGCCAUCAAAAAGGCCAUGGUCAAUCCAGAACAUCUGGAAGCUUUGGAACGCGGCGAACUGAAAUUCUCGUGCAGCUACGACGAAGGGGACAACUUUGGAGAUUCGUGCGGAAGCGCGGAAAGCGAAGAGGGCUCCGAUUCCGAACAGGAACCGGAACGGGUGGAAAAGCCCAACUAUCAAUUUAUCAACGUGCAAACAAUCAAAGAAAAUGGGGACGUCAGCGAUCUAGACAUCGAGGUGUCGGACGGUAUGUACGAAGACAUGGACGACGAGCAAGAACUGUUGCGAGUGGAGAUGGCGCUCGCGCAGAAGGAACUGCUCGAGUACGAGCGCACGAUGAACAACAAAAGGAGACGGACCUUCAUAAUACAAAAUUAAUCGAUUCGUAUUACGAAGGAUGGAUGGAUGUUUGAUGAAAAGUACCGGAGUACUUCGUGUCCCAUCUGAAAAGUGAAGCUGUGAGCUGUGUAGAUUGGUGAUAAAACUUGUAAAUAACGCAUUUUCCUGCUCGUGUAUGUAUCUCUUAGGACGUAUUGUGCGGUUUUUAUUUUCUCGGGAAAGUAUCGAAUAUUAUCGUGUUUUCGUUUUUAUCGAUUACGUGAAGACUGCCAAGCUCAGCUAUUUUAAACUAGGGAAUAAAUAAUUUUUGGUUGCAUUCACAUUAUUUUUUUGUUUUGUGUUUAUAUUUUCCACAUUGCGAAAAUGUAACAAAUAAAAGAGUGUAAGCCGUAAACAGUAUUGCAAACAUGGAUGACCGUUGGCGAAAUUCUCUUCAUAGUUUAAAUUGCAAAUUACUCCACUGAUAUCAACUGAAGUGCAAUCGACGGCAAAUUAGUAUCAAGAGGUUUAUUGGUGUCAAAAAAUAUUUUUAUACUGCUUUUUUUUACUUAAACUCUGCAUGAUAUCAGUGGAUUAAAAUCUAAAUGAUGGAGAUAAAAAAUUGUACAAACUGUGCCUUGUCUCCAAAAUUUGUAACUCCAACUAAACUUGCUUCUUGGUCGUUUCCUCAACAUGGGACCAGUUGUUCAAUCAAGUUUGUGUCUUUAUUUUUUCGUCUUUAAUUAUGCCAAUGUGAUAAUUAUUUUUGUGGCCUGUUACAUUAAUGGCCGUAUGCAGUGUUGACGCAAUUCGUUAUCUUAACUCUGCAUACGGCCACAAUUGGAUCAUUGUUUUCGUUUUUUAUUUUUGAAAUGGAAGGCGGAAACGAUUUUUGGAAGUGUGGUCAAAAUCAAACUGGUGCUUAUGACCAUAUUUCCCUUAAUACAAAACAGGUUUUAUUUUAAUUUACUUAACUUUAAAGUAACAGUUCAUGAAAAAAUCGUAGAUUAUAGAAAAUGUUAUUUUAAUUAGAACAAUGACUGAUUAUUUCAUACAUGAUGCUUUCUUUAAAACACACAUUCGUAAAUAUAAUGUGUAUUUUACAUAAAGCCACUUCUUAGUCUAACUGAACUAUCUUUGUGUAUAAUAUUAUUUUUAAAUUUUUUGUAAACUAGUUUGUAACUAAAUAAGUCCAUGUACAAAUUUUGUAGAAUAAGUUAUAGUAAAAUAAAAGAUGUGAUUUUUCAUAUA